AUGGAGCUCUCGAAGCAGGCGCGGGCGCAGCCGCCGCCGGCGGCGGUGCCGGGCAGCGGGGCGGCGUCGCGAUCGUUGCCCUCAGCGGCCCCCCAUUCCCCGCAGCCCGCGAGCCACGGCAUGAUUGGGCCUGGCUACUGGGGGCCGAAGGCGCCAACCAGCUCGUACCUGAUCGUGCCCAUGGGUGGGCAGCCAGCGCAGGUUGGUGCGUCCAGUCCCAACGCGCCGAACCUUCCUGGGGCGAGGCCCGUGACUGUGAGUAGGGUGUCCUUGAGGCCGCCGCAGCAUGUGCUGAGUGUCUACCCAGCUUCGCCCGGAAUUCUUCCACCACAGCCAUCACCAUCUGCUGUGGGAAAGAAGACGGCUUUAUCGCCGAAGGUUCAGAUGCCGAAGCCUGUGCCAUCGCAGGUAUCUGCCAGUAGCAAGCGUUCUGUGCAGAAGGAACCUAUACUGAUGGCAUAUCCAGAGUUGUCUGAGACCGUGAGAUCAAAGUUCAGGGAGACUCUAGCUGCUGCCUUGUGCGUGGAUUCUGAUCAGCAGAGUCUGCAGAAAUCCGCUUCAAAUAUUUCGCCUAUUGGAUCUUCUGGUGAGCACAAACAUGAAGAGGAUGGUACAUUGCAAAGACCAAAUACAUGCAUAUCCCACGGUGAAAGUAAAGCUCAUUUGGAAAAUGAUGGAUUGGGUGAGAGCACUGUUGUUUCAGAUGUUUUGCAAGGCCAUGGGCCCUUCUCUGCUGCUGGCAUUGUUGUUGGAGCUUCUGAAUCCUUUUCGCAGCUUAAUUCAAAGAGAGCCACAACUUCUGAUAGUGAUGCUGGCGUGACUGUAUCUCUCAAUGAGCCUGAGUUUAAAAGAACAAAGACUUCAGAUGGGGCAACAGGGGAAGAGAAGGAUAUAAUUCAAAAGGGGCAAUCUUUAGCACUUGGAAUCGAAGAGGAGCUGUUCAAACUGUUUGGGGGAGUCAAUAAGAAAUAUAAAGAGAAAGGUAGAUCGCUCUUGUUUAAUUUGAAAGAUAAAAGUAAUCCUGUGCUGAGGGAAUGGGUCUUAUCCGGAGAGAUCACACCCAAAUAUCUAUGUUCAAUGACUACAGAUGAACUCACUUCGAAGGAGCUUUCAGCUUGGCGGCUGGCUAAAGCUGAAGAGCUUGCAAAGAUGGUUGUUCUUCCUAAUAGAGAAGUGAAUGUUAGACGAUUGAUCAGGAAAACACAUAAAGGUGAAUUUCAUGUUGAAGUGGAAGAGACUGAUAGCAUUUCAGUUGGGCUUGAGCUCGGGAGUGAUGUGCUUUCUCAUGUCCCAUCAAAAUCUAAUGAAGGUCAAAUUAAAUCUGACGAUAGUGUAAGUGUACACAGGGGAGACACUGAAUCAGACAACGCUGUGCAAGAUGGAUUUUCUGGGAUUUGCAACAGUAAUCUCUUGAGUAAUUUAGAGUGUCUAGCAAAUGGGAAGACUGAUGUCAUUCAGGAAAGAGUGGUGCAUGAUUUGAAGUAUACAGAAAAUCUUCCAGAAAUUAUGUCGUGGGGCGAGUUCGUGGAUGCCCCUGAUUCUGAUAUACCUUUGGAAUGCAACUCCACUGAAACUGCACAAGUUGAUCCUAGUUUUACUGACAAAGCUUACCUUAUGUUAAAGCCUGAGAAAAGUCUUAUAGGGGAGGAUAAUGCUGAUCCAUCAGUGCUUGAAUUCACAUGUGACGCACCAUCACAAGAAGAUAAUUGUCAGGCCACUAUAAAGUCAACCGAAAAUGGAUCAAUUCAUGACUUGAGUCCAGCUAAACAACCUAAUGUCUGUUUGUUAAUCAAAUCUUCCCCUGAAAAGAUGGAUGCUGAAAAACUAGAUACUGGUAGUGCCUCAAUUCCUGGAUCUACUGUGCAGUUAAACGCAAUUUCUGACGCCACAUUGACAAAUGACAGUUUAUGGGAGGGAACAAUUCAGUUAACUUUAUCUUCACUUAUAAAAGUUGCUGCUAUCUUCAAAAGUGGUGAAAAGCCAUCAACAAAUGGGUGGCGCCGCUUUGUUGAGAUCAAGGGAAGAGUGAGGCUUCCUGAUUUUCAAGACUUUCUUGAACAGCUGCCUAAAUCCAGGAGCCGUACUAUAACGGUAACUGAGUUGCGUUGGAAGGAGGUUUGUCUUGAGAGUGGCAGGAAGCAAUUCUUGCAGGUCCCGCUCCCCAAUUAUUAUCAUCUGUUACCACUUUAUACGGGUUUAGUUUAACACUAUUACAGAACUCCUGAAUUGCUAAGAAUAUCUUCUUCUCCUG